AUGACGGCGAUGCACAACAGGGUGAGCUUCCGACAGUACGGACUGCCGCCCGUGAGUUUGGACUUCUCUUGGCGGCAUGUUUCAGUAGUUCUGCUGUCUUUUGACGAGCUCAACCCGGUGAAGGUGUUAUGCAGCUACACAAGCUGGUUCAUGGGCUUCUCCGAGGUUCACCUGGGAAUUUUCGCCAGUCUGUUAUUGCUUGCGCUGGGAAUCAACCAGCGCGACCAUAUUCUAUACAACUGCGCGAGGACAGUGCUGUUUGCCAGGAAAUCGUACGAUCGACCAUUCGUCGGUUUUCUGGCGCGUGCUUUUCACUGCAUCCCAGUCGCACGGCCGCAGGAUAUGGCCUAUACAGGACAGGGGACGAUAAAGCUGGAACAAGGCUCAGCGAAAGUGCAAGGCAUCGACACCCACUUCAGUGUAGAGGUGCCUCCCGGCAGCCAGAUCAACGUUCAGGGGCAUGAAAAGUUGCUGAAGGUGAAGGAGGUGCACGGCAACACUGAGUUGACAGUGGAUGUGCCGGCUACCUGUUCGGCAUCAGCGGCCUUUAAGGUGCACCCCAAGGUCGACCAGUCCGCAAUGUACGGACAAGUGUACAAAAACUUGUGUUCGGGCAAUUGCCUGGGAAUUUUCCCUGAAGGUGGAAGCCAUGACAGAACAGACCUGCUGCCCCUCAAAGCCGGAGUGGCAGUCAUAGCUCUGGAAGCAUUGCGGCUUCACCACAUCAACGUCCCCAUCGUUCCGGUGGGCCUGAACUACUUUCGAGGACACCAGUUUGGUGGCAGAGUAGUCAUGGAGUUUGGAGCUCCUUUGAUGAUAUCAGAGGAGGUCCACGCCAUGUACGAGACCAACCGCCGCGAGGCGACAGAAGAGGUCUUGGACCAGGUGGCCGCCGCCAUGCGGAGCGUGAUAGUGCCAACGGAAGAUUACAAAACUCUUCAGCAAAUCUUCAUGGUCCGGCGCCUUUGGGUUAAAGAGGGCCUCAAGUUGAGCCCGUCGAAGGCCAUGGAUUUGAACCGCCGCUUUGCAGUUGGGGUCAACCGAAUCCUUCGACUGGCUGAUCGUGCCUCUGGGGGGGCGGGAAAUAUCACAAGCAACGAGCUUGCUUCCCAAGAUCUUCCAGCAGAAAACCAAGAGCCACUGUCGAAGCAAGAGCUCCAAGCAUUUCAGGAGCUCCGAACAGAACUGGAAGAGUACAUGACAACCCUGAAAAAGCUCGGCAUUCGGGACCACCAGGUACCUCAACUUGUGUGGUGGACGGCAGGGGAUCUCAUUGGCCGAUUUAUGUACCUCCUGGUUUCCAUGGCUAUGGGAGUUCUGCCACAGCUAAUGUUCAAUGUGCCGCUUAUGCUCUUGGCGAGCCGUUUUGCCAGCGUCGAGCAGCAAAAGUCGCUGAAAUCCUCCAGCGUGAAGUUGGCGGCCAGAGACGUGGUUAUGUCGUACAAAGUGAUCUACGUGUUGACCUUCAUUCCCGUCCUGUAUGUCAUCUAUGGCAUGCUGCUUUGGGUAUUCACAGAUUGGUGCCUGACCUCCAGAAUUCUGAUUCUGCACCUCGGCAAAGUCUGCCGAGCUGUUGUGCUGGGAGGAGCUGCAGAAGCUAAGGUUGAGCCUGCCUUUGUUUGCGUUCUGGGGCAUGAAGGCUUGCACCCGGAAGUCGACGUGAGUCAAUUUACGGAGACGGAGACUAGUUUGGUUGGGUUAUGA